UUUGACACCAGCAAUUUCUGCUUAUGAUAUUUAGCUCAAAGUACAUCUGUGUCCCUUGUUUUUACAGAGGCGUUUACGCUGCAAGAGAAACGCGUGUCUUUCUGGACUAAACAUGGUCUUCAAUCCAUCAUUCAGAAUCAUUGUUUUGACUAUAUUCGUUAUAUUCAAGGUUCAAGCAAUUCCAGCACUUCCUGAUGGUGAAGCUGACAGAGGGGAGUUAAGGGAUGAUAUUCCUGAAAUAAAUCUAGAAUCCGAGAGAGAACUGUUUGAGGGGGAUAUUGCAGGAGAUCCAAAAAGAAACGCAAUAUUGGAUGAGACUGCAAGAUGGAAGUUUCCCAUACCUUACAUUUUAACUGAUUCAUUGGAUCUGAACGCAAAAGGCGUGAUUCUCCAAGCAUUUGAAAUGUACCGUCUGAAAUCGUGUGUGGACUUCAAACCCUAUGAAGGAGAGGAAACGUACCUGUCCUUCACGAAACUGAGCGGAUGCUGGUCGUUUGUGGGAGAUCUGCACGAGGGCCAGAAUGUUUCCAUUGGUGAGAGGUGUGACAGCAAGGCCAUCGUUGAACAUGAGCUUCUGCACGCGCUGGGAUUUUACCACGAGCAAUCCAGAUCGGAUCGGGAUGACUAUGUCAAGAUCUGGUGGGAUCAAAUCAUUCCUGGAAAGGAGCACAACUUCAACAAGUAUGAGGACGACUUCAUCACCGACCUGAACACGCCCUACGACUACGAAUCAAUAAUGCACUACAGGCCCCUCUCCUUCAACAAGAACGAAUCCGUGCCCACCAUCACCACGGCCAUCCCGUUCUUCAACGAGAUCAUCGGCCAGCGUCUGGACUUCAGUGCGGUUGACCUGGUCAGGCUGAACCGCAUGUACAAGUGCGCUGCCACGGUAACCCUCUUGGACCAGUGCUCCUUCGAGCAGAUCAAUAUAUGUGGCAUGACCCAGAGCGAGGAGGACGAUGCCGAUUGGGUCCAGACUCUGAGCACCUCUGGGUCAGAGGAUCAAACCCUGGCUGGGCGCUGCAGAGAUGCUGGAUAUUACAUGCAGUUCAAAACCUCCGGAUUGGAAGUGGGUAAAAGUGCCGUCCUGGAGUCUCGUAUUCUGUACCCCAAGAGGACCCAGCAGUGCCUUCAGUUUUUCUACAAGACCACAAGGAACACCAGCGACGUGCUCGUCAUCUGGACCAAAGCGGACGAUGGGACAGGGAACGUCCGUAAACUCAAGAAAGUGCACACCAUCAAAGGCGAUGGAGAUGAGUCCUGGAAGAUCGCUCACGUGACGCUCCAGAGCAAGGACAAGUUCCGCUACGUCUUCCAGGGCGUCGCUGGGCCGGGCGCAAGCGGCGGCAUUUUCAUCGACGACAUAACCCUGUCCGAGGCUCGUUGCCCCGGCAACGUCUGGCAGAUCCGCAACUUCACCCGCCUGCUCCAGACCACGCCCAGCGGCGAAGCCAUCGCCAGUCCGCUCUUCUACAGCCCCGAGGGCUACGGCUAUAGCGUCCGAGUGUACCCCAACGGCAAAGCCGCCGCCGUGGCGGGCUAUGUGAGCGCGUACCUCCACCUGUCCAGUGGGGAGAACGACGGGGUGCUGGAGUGGCCGGCGGCGGACCGCCAGGCCACCGUAAUCGCCAUGGACCAGGAUCCGGACGCGCGGCUUCGAAUGUCGGCCAGCAGGAGCUUCACCACGGAAUUGGACCCCAUGUGGAACAAACCAAGCUCCGGAGGAGUGUGGGACGAGUCCUGCCAGUGCUACAGAGGCCCUGAAUUUGGCUGGAGCACUUUUAUAUCACACCAGCAGCUCAUGAGGAGAAGCUUCCUGAAGAACGAUGACCUCAUUAUAACCGUUGACUUUGAAGAUCUGACCCAUCUGGUGAAGUCAGAGGUUCCCGUCAAGCCAAAACCAGCCGGUCCUCUGCGGGACCGGGUGGAAACGUCCCAUCAGAAUCCUGUGGGCCCCGCUGAGGUCCCGAAACAGCGAGAGGCACGAUCCGUCCUCGCCGAUCCAUGCCGACCCAACCCCUGUCUCAACGGGGGAGCGUGCGUAGAGCGACACGGACAGGCAACAUGCAGAUGUGCAACGAGCCGGGCCACGUUCUACGUGGGCGAGAUGUGCGAGAGCCAGCGGAUCGAAGGAAAUGUCCUCGGGGUGCUGAUUGGUGGAGCCGCCGGCACGGUCGCUUUGACGGUGGCUAUCAUCGCGGUCAUCCGGAGAAGGAACACUGAGGGUUUUUAACACGCCGCGUUGGUCACUUUUAGCAAUGCCUUUUUCCUCCUCACAAGGAGUCAUAACAAUUGAUAUGAUUUUGGUUUUUUCAUUAAAUUCAUGAAAUUAUUUUAGAAA